AAGUGACACUGCGACAUGCGCUGUAUUUUCAUGACAAGGUCUGGUGAAGAGUGGGGCACGCGGGGUUCGCAGAGUCGAAAGCUACUACGAGGUUUUUCCUGGCGACCUCCUCAAGGAAUCUGCAUCACGGCAGCCUUUACACCCGACUAUCCCUUCGACCACUGCAAAGCAGCAGAUCUGACUUGCAUCAAGCUGGCUGACGCUUUGUGGCGCUGGUCUAUAACCUCACACCUUAUGGAGACGGCGAAAGGCUGCUCCAAUGUUCCCACUGUUGUUGCCUCCGUGAAUCCAGAUAUGCUUUUGAACCUCCAUAUGUGGGGGUCGUCAUCAUCCCUGGUGGUAUCCACGGAGGGCCCAUGUCGUCUUUUGCUGCCGAUUGACGCCAGAGAGGGCUCUGGGCCAGUCCAUUAUCUGCCUCCAUCUCGACAAAGUGGAGAAAGAUCGCCUUUGAGCGUGACAUUUGGGAUGCUGACGUGCAAAUCGGAAUACGGCAGCCAUAGCUCCACAAGCGAAGACGGUCAGAUCGGCCGGAGCGUCUAUCUCGACGCGUGCGAGGCAUAUCGCAUACCCUGUUGCUUCUUCAACAUUUGUUGCUCGAGUUACUUGCUACACCAACUGGCUAGGCUACGAGUGCUCCAACAACAUGUGCCAGCGUAGCAAAUCAAGUGUGUUAGUAGAGAAAAGCCCGCAUGCCAUUUGGCAACAUGUGCCCGUAUAACUAUGGCUCUCGCCGUGUCUCAAACCCCUUGUUAAUGAAAACCAAGAAUCGCAUCAGACCAUCGUCAC